AUGAUGAAUGGAAUUGCUGGAAGUGAAGAUUUUACACGAAAUGCUUAUAUAUCAAUCUUUAUUACUCCAUCAGUAGCUAAAGGAGGGAAAAUAUCUGUACUUGUUCCAAUGGCCUCCCAUGUUAAUCAUCAUGAACGUUCAACUCAAAUCAUGAUUAGUGAACAUGGUUUAGCUGAUUUAGGUGCUAAAACUCCUCGAGAACGAGCAAAAUUAAUUAUUGAUACAUGUGUUCAUCCCAUGUGUAAAGAUUUAUUAAGAGAUUAUGUUGAACAUUCACAACGUGUUUCAUUUGCUCAACAGACGCCACAUGAUCUUAAACAAGCUUUAGCAUGGCAUGUUAGAUUACAAGAAACUGGUUCUAUGCAUCCAGAUCUUCAACAACCAACUAGUAAAAAUACGGAAAAAGCAGCGAAAAAAUUAGAUCAAACAGCUACUACGAAACAAUAA